AUGGAAAACAUUAAACAAGCUGGUCAAGCUGCUGUAGAAAAAGUGAAAGAAGUAUCAAGCGGUGCUUCAUAUGAAGCAAAUAAAGAAGCAGCUAAAAAUGAUAAUUUAUCAGCAAGUAGUCGAAUUAGUCAUGGUGUUAAUGCCGUAGGAGAUAAAAUCGACGAAAAGUCUCAUGAAGCAAAGAAAGAAGGACAUAAAGAAAUUGCCGAAGAAAAAGGUGUCAUUGGUCAAAUUGGUGAUACCAUCUCGAAUGCUUAUCAUUAUGUUGCUGAAAAAGUUUCUGAAGUAACUAGUGGAGCAUCGUAUGAAGCUAAUAAGGAAAAAGUAAAAGAUUCGGAUAAUACAGUCGGUGAACGUGUUGGAGCUGGUUUUUCAGCUGUUGGCGACAAAAUUGAAGAAAAGGCUCAUAAAGCUAAAGCUGAAGCACACAAAGAAUCUUUGUAA